AUGGCGCGAUACCUAGGCGGUAGCAUCAGCUACAUCCUCCUAUGGCCUUUUGGAGGGAUAUGCUUCUCGAGUUAUCCUAGGCAGGGCACGGUGAAAGAGAAUCUAUUGAAAGACUUAGAG